AUGGCUAGAGCAAAAUUAGUGGGAAAGCUAACUUCAAAAAGAGUUGAUAACUCAGUUAACAGCUUCUAUUUUCUGAAGAAAUUUGAUAUUAAUAUUCAGCCUCGUAAACCUAUGGUGUCAAUUGAUAUCAUAUGGUGCCCUCCCAUUAAUGAUUGGAUUAAGUGUAACAUAGACGAAACGGCUUCCAGUUCUCUCAUACUCACAGCCGAUGGGGGAAUUUUCCGUGAUAAUCAAGCAAACCAUAUCAUCAGUUUUUGUAUUUUUCUGGGUGAGGGAUCUCCUGUGUUGGCGGAGUUCAUGGCAGAAGUUUUGGCAAUUGAAAAAGCUAAGGAUAUGCAUUGGUCUAAGUUUCGGCUGGAAACAGACUGUAUAUUUGUUGCUAAGGCCUUUUCUGAUUCUACCUUGGUGCAGUAG